AUGUUUUGGGCUCGGAAUGCAAAAUGGCUUUAUGCCCUCGCUGGAGGUGGUGUCAUGUAUAGUAUAUUCAACUAUUUUCAAUCGGAGAAAGAAGGUGAACAGAUAUCCUGGACUACAAACUUUGAGCCCUCUGCAAAAUGGGACUACAAUUGGGACAGGCGUGAACCCUUAAGUGUGAUAAAACCUGCUGAAAAGGAAAAUGAUCCAAUUGAACAAAACAGAAUGAAUGAAGAGAAAGUCAGAGUUACACCAACUGCAAUAAGGCAUAUUUUUCUUAUACGUCAUGGACAGUAUGAUGAAUCUGCAGAGAAGGAUUCAGACAGACGUCUCACUGAAUUAGGUAUAAAACAAGCUCAAGCAGUGGGACAGAGGUUAUUGGAUUUGAAAUUUAACUACACAUCACUUGUUAGAUCAUCAAUGACUCGAGCAGUAGAAACGUCUAAUAUCAUUCUCAAAUAUUUUCCUGAUUUAUCUGUUGAAACUGAUGAUCUUCUUAGAGAAGGGAGACCAAUUCCUCCUGAGCCUCGUGUGGGAUCUUACCAGCCUGAAUACAAGCAGUAUUUUGAAGCUGGUGCUCGUAUAGAAGCUGCUUUCAGAAAAUAUUUUCACCGUGCAGAUACAGAGCAGGAGUCUCACAGUUAUGAAAUCAUUGUAUGUCAUGCAAAUGUUAUUCGAUAUUUUGUUUGCAGAGUACUUCAAGUUCCACCUGAAGCAUGGUUGAGAUUUUCAUUACCCAACUGCAGCAUAACAUGGAUUGUUAUUCUUCCUAAUGGCACAUGUGGAGUAGUAUCUCUUGGAGAGUCUGGAUAUCUAUCUAAAGAUAAAAUUACGUACUGA